AUGGCUACAGAAGUCGAAAAUAACGCGCCGGAAACAAAGGAAAUUAAAGAAGAGAUCGACAACAAAGCCGAAGAGGCUGCCAAACAAGAGAAUGCCGGCGGCGACGCUCCUGCGUCUGCAAAAGAAAAGGAACCGGCUCCUCCAAAAGUUACUGUACACAAGACAAAUUUUGAAAAAGAUGUCGUAUAUUUGUAUCAAUUUUCGCGUACACCCUUGUUGCCAUCCCUUUCACCCUAUUGUUUGAAAGUCGAAACAUGGUUGAGACUAGCCGGCGUCAAAUAUGAGAAUGUGGACCACAAAAUUAAAUACCGCUCAAAGAAGGGCCAACUACCAUUUGUCGAAGUUAACGGCGAUGAAAUCGCAGACAGUGCCAUCAUAAUCAAGGAACUAUCUCAAAAAUUCGGCCAGGAUUUAGACGUAUGCUUGACAACGGAACAGAGAAAUCUGGCGCACGCCACAAUUUCCAUGAUCGAAAAUCACCUUGUAUGGGUAGUGCUGUGGUGGCGCGCCAAAAAUCCCGAUCAGGUCUUGAAAGGCUACAAAGUCAACUUGCAACACGCCCUUGGCACUAGGAUACCCAACGGAAUUCUCAAUUUCUUUUUCAAGUUCGCUUUUGGUAGAAAGUGGUUCCAGGCAACAAAAAAAGUUAAAGCGCAAGGAAUGGGAGUACAUUCUGCUGAGGAAAUCAACGAAUUUGGACAGGAAGAUUUGAAAGUACUAUCCGACAUGUUAGCUGACAAACCAUUCUUCUUUGGAGAUGAACCAACAACAUUGGACGUUGUCGUUUUCGCUCACCUAGCACAAAUCUAUUUCAUCGACAAGGAGGUCAGUUACCCAUUACGCGAUUUCAUGACAGAAUCAUGUCCCAAUUUAGUGGGCUUAGUAAACAGGAUGAAAGAACGCUGCUUCUCGGACUGGGACGACAUUUGCACAACUUUGGAUUUGAAUUCGCACUUACCCAAACCAAAAGCUGAAGAAUCAAAAGACAAGAAAGAGGAGGCUAAAGACGAGAAGGAAGGUGACAAAGAGAAGGAACCCGAAGAGAAGGAUAUUGAACAAGAAAAGGCUGACGAAAAAGAAAAGGACAAGGCUAAAGAAAAAUCAGAAGAAAACAAAGAGAAAGAAGGAAAAUAA